AUGGCCGCAUUUGCUUGUGUUGCUUAUCUGCGCGCUGAAGUAGCUGGACAAAUACAAUGUGCUUUGGUAACCGGGAAGGCGAAGGUAGCUCCACUCAAGUUAAUGUCUGUGCCCCGAUUGGAGCUCCAAGCUGGGGCGCGACUGGUCGAGAGCAUCUGCUCCACUCAUACUCUGCCUAUCACGAAAAGAUUCAUUUGGACCGACUCGAAGACAGUGUUGGGAUGGAUUAACUCUGAUCAACGAAGAUAUCGCCAAUUCGUGGCUUUCCGCAUUGGGGAGAUCCUUGAGAAAACAAAAGCCAACGAAUGGCAUUGGGUUCCCUCGGAUUCGAAUGCCUCUGAUGAUGCGACCAAGUGGAAAAGGGGACCGAAUUUGUGCCCGGAAGGUCGCUGGUUCGGAGGACCUGAUUUUUUACAUUUGAGUGAGGAGUAUUGGCCAUCAAUCCCAGAAGAGAAAUAUGACACAACUGAGGAACAGCAGUCCAGUAUGGUAAUGCAUCAUUAUAUCAUCGAUUCGGUGUUUGACUGGGAGCGGUUUUCAAAUUGGAACCGUUUGUCUAGAACCGUUGGGUUCGUGGUUCGAUAUCUCGGAAAUUUGAGGGCAAUAGCACGGCGACUUCCUACAACGAAGGGCCCGCUGAGUCAAGAAGAGUUGGCAAAAGCGGAGGCGUGGAUAUUUCAUUCAACCCAAAAAGAGAUCUUCGCAAAGGAAGUGACCAUGUUGUCUACAGUUGAUACUACAGGAAAAAGUGUGAGACUAAAUAGUGACAGCAAGCUCUUCAAACUUUCUCCGUUUCUUGAUAACAACGGCGUUUUGCGUGUGGAAACCAGGAUAAGUUUAGCAGCAUUUGCAUCAUAUGACACAAGAAAUCCUAUCAUUCUUCCUCGGUAUCAUCGUGUAACCAAGUUGAUCAUCUUGUGGUAUCAUCAGAAGCUUCUACACGGUAAUAUGGAAACCGUAAUUAGUGAGUUACGACAGCGAUUCCAUGUAUCCAACCUACGCACCGUCGUUCGAGGCGCAGUGAAGGAAUGUUGUAGAGUGUCCAAGGCAGUUCCUUCGGUACCCAGAAUGAGUACUCUACCAGCGGCCAGGCUAGGGGCAUUUUUUCGACCGUUUACAUUUGUCGGUCUGGACUACUUUGGCCCAAUGACGGUCCGCGUAGGACGUAGCAAUGUGAAACGUUGGGUAGCGUUAUUUACGUGUCUUUCGAUCCGUGCUGUGCAUCUAGAAGUCGUGCAUUCAUUGUCGACAGAAUCGUGUAAGAUGGCUGUUCGGCGGUUUGUGGCACGGCGUGGAUCUCCGUCAGAAAUUUACAGCGAUAACGCGACAAACUUUCUAGAUGCCAGCAACGAACUUCGGAACGAGUUCAGGUCCAUCAACGGGAACAUAGCUGAAACUUUCACGAAUUCCAACACAAAGUGGUUAUUCAUUCCCCGGCCUCCCCACACAUGGGAGGCGCUUGGGAGAGAAUGGUGCGAAGCGUAA